AUGGGGGAAAGAAUAUCGGGACCAAAGGGCAAGGGGAAACACACGCUGCAGAAGCGUUUUUGGUGGCAGCGCCAGGGCCAGGGCAGGAAAGAAAAAUGGAAAACAGGGAGAAGAAGCAAAAGAAGCAGAAGAAGAAGUAGUUGGCGAAGUGAUGAAACCGGGGCCAGCUCCCGCGAUGGUAGGGAGCCGAAGCACGAGUUGAAAGAGGUGAAUUAUGUAUGCGGUGGGCUCGCAACCAGUGCAUAUUUAGCCCUGUGGCUGCGCAGGAUUGCGCAGGACGUUGAGAGUCCGUCACUGUGUGCCGGACCAAAGUGCGUGGCAUCUCCGCUACGGGGUGCGUUUGUGUGCCGGGUUAGCGUGUUUAGGCAGGCGUCCUGGCGUGCUGAGAGAGUGUACUGUAUAUAUUCGAUGGUAUGCGAUUGUGUGCACCAGUUGACGCACCAUUGUGAGCCCCAGCGCUGCCUGUAUCUGUAUUGA